AUGACUCAUUACGCAAAGGAAAUCGACUAUGUUUUUACACCUCACAGCAGUAAGUUUAUCAUUGCAGUGGAUAUUGGUGGAACGUUAGCUAAAGUCGUAUACUCGUCACACUCGAAGAAUUCGUUGCGAUUUAAAACCAUCGAGACAGAAAAAAUUGAUCAAUUCAUACAAUUGUUGCAUAAGAUCAUUAGAAAAUAUAAUAAUAAUGAUUACGAAAACACGCGGCUGGUAGCUACUGGUGGUGGUGCAUUUAAAUUUAAAAGCUUAUUAGAUAAAGAAUUCAAUCAAUUGAAAGACCCAAUUGUGCAAUUAGAUGAAAUGGCUUGUCUGAUUAAUGGAUUGGAUUUUUUCAUUCAUACAAUCUCAGAUGAAGUAUUUACAUAUAGUGAAACAGAGGGACAACUUUUACGUGGGAUCAACGUCACUAAUGAUAGCACAUAUCCAUAUAUGUUAGUGAAUAUAGGUUCUGGUGUCUCUAUCCUAAAAGUCAACGGACCAAACGAAUUUGAAAGAGUUGGAGGCUCGUCCCUAGGUGGGGGUACGUUGUGGGGGUUGUUAUCUUUGAUUACUGGUGCUAAGAGCUACGAUCAAAUGUUGCAAUGGGCUCAAGAUGGGGAUAAUACUAAUGUAGAUAUGUUGGUAGGAGAUAUAUAUGGUACGGAUUACGGGAAAAUUGGGUUGAAGGCAUCGAGUAUUGCUAGUUCAUUUGGGAAAGUGUUUCAAGGAGAACGGAGUGAACGGACUGGUGAACGGAGUGAACGGACUGGUGAACGUAGUGGAACUGCUACCAGUAGUAGUAAUAGUAGUGAUACUAGUGAUACUGACAGUGAGCGUAGAGAUUCUAUUGAAAAUGGCAUAAUAGAGGAUGGCAAUAAUGGUAGUGGUGCUCCCAUGGGACCACAUGAAUUUAAUAAUGAAGACAUCUGUAAGAGUCUUCUUUAUGCUGUAUCGAAUAAUAUCGGUCAAAUUGCAUAUUUACAAGCUCAUAUUCAUAACAUUCAAAACAUUUAUUUCGGUGGCUCGUAUAUUAGAGGCCAUCUCACGACAAUGAACACCCUAAGUUAUGCUAUCAAUUUUUGGUCAAAGGGUACAAAACAAGCAUUUUUCCUUAAACAUGAAGGAUACCUUGGUGCAAUGGGUGCAUUUUUACAAUUAGAAAGACAAUCAAUGACACCACCACCAUAG